UAAACUGUCCCACUCCCUUCACAUGUCCUUCACUCUCUACCAUCCUUUCAUCCCAUACUUUUCUCUGUUCACCCCUCACUCCACUAUUGCAAAUAAACCAUCUUAAUACCCACAUAACAAUUCAUAUCAUCCUUCACCAUUCUCAUUAAUAGUUAAUAGUAUUUCUCAUUUACGCUUCAGUAGUGUUGGUCACAUCCAUUGAUUCAUUGCGUGCGUCAGUGUAUAUAUAUGUAAGUAAAACCUAGCUACCGUCACGUCAUGUUCAUUUAUUUUUAAUCCAUAAAUAAACAGAGUACUCUGUUUUCUUUUCUAUUCUCCAUCAUCAUCAUCAAUUUUUUUUCCCUUAUACACGUUUUUAUCACAUCUAUUUUUUCCUUGUCAGAGAAAAAACAGUUUCCUUAAUCUUCAUAAUAACUCUAUACUACGUAUCUUUCAAACUUCAAACGUCACAACCCAUUUCAUAACUCAACACAACAAUUUAUUAUUUAUUAUUACAACACAGCACAAACCCACUUCACUUCACUUCUACAAGAAAUUGUUAGAAUAUGGGGAAUUGUCAAGCUGCAGAAUUGGCAACAGUUGUGAUUCAUCGUCCAGGGAACAAGGUUGAGAGGAUUUAUUGGUCUGUUAGUGCUCAUGAGGUUAUGAACUCAAAUCCUGGUCACUAUGUUGCACUUGUUGUUUCAUCACCUACUCUUAAAUCGGAGAAUGGUAUGCCAUUGAAACAUCUCAAGCUUCUUCGACCUGAUGAUACUUUGCUUAUUGGUCAGGUUUAUCGCUUGAUCAGUUUUGAAGAUGUAUUGAAGGAGUUUGCUUCAAAGAAAUGUGGUAAACUUGGGAAAUUGUUGAAGGAGAGUGGUAAUCGUGGGAUUCAGAUGAAGCAUAGAGAUUUCAGAGCUCCGAAUCCUAGUCCAGUUAAGGUGGAACGGGAGACUCAACGAACGGAGAGCAAUGGCAGCAGAAGCACCAACAGAAGUGUUGGAAGACAUAUUGUUGGUGGUAGUGGCCAAUGGAGGCCAGCAUUACAAAGCAUUGCAGAAUUUGGAACUUGAACUCACUUAAUUAGUCCCUCACUCCCAUAAAUAAAUCUUCCUUUAAUUAUGUUCCUUCCAAUAUAAUUCAUGUAAUUGCCCCCUUCUUAAUUUGUAGUAGUCCAUUAUACAUAGGUUUUGUGUUAAAUGUUGUAUGCAUCUAGACCUUAGUUACCCAACUGUUGAUCCAUUAUAAAAUCAUGCUAUUUUGUUUGUUUAAAAAAUUUCAUUGAACCAUUUUCCUUAUGUCUUCCUGGUUUGGAAAUGUGUGCCUUUGCCUUGAAAUUUUGAUGGUGGAUAGGUUUUUGGAUUUGGA